AUGGAUCCCCCCGACGCUUGGGACCCCUACAGCCGGCCGGCCCGCCGGACCCAGUGGCUGGUCAGCGCCCUGGCGUAUCACUACGGGCUGGACCGGGGCGUGGAGAACGAGAUCAUCGUGCUGGCCACGGGCUUGGACCAGUACUUGCAGGAGAUCUUCCACCACCUGGACUGCGAGGCGGAAGGCAGGAUCCCCGGCGAGGACUUCCGCACCCUCUGCCAGGUGCUGGGGCUGGCGGACCCGGAGGAGGCGGCGGCCGACCCGGAGGAGUGCGCCGGCCUGUGCGAGGACCUGGCCCCGGAGCUGAGCUUCCGCCAGUUCCACGCCAAGCUCUGCGGCUACUUCAGCACCAAGGCCGGCUGCGCGCAGCAGCAGCGCCCGGCGGUGGGCAGGCUGCCGCUGGGCAAGGAGAGCGAGCACAUCGAGACCCAGAUCCGGCUGCGCAGCCCGCUGCGGCGGCGCCGGGCCAGGGCGGGCCAGGGGGCUGCUGCCGUCAAAAGCGGCGGCCCCCGAGGGGCUUCUCCUCCCCCGGCCGCCCCCGGGCUGGCCCCGCACGCCAGGCGGCCGGGCCCCUGCUCCAGGGAGUGCUACGAGGAGAUCGUGGCUCUGGAGCAGGCUGAAGACCGGAUCGUGAAGCUGGAGGAAGAGAACGGCAGCCUGCGGGAGCUGGUGGAGGACAUGCGGGCAGCGCUGCAGAGCAGCGACGCCAGGUGCCUCGCUCUGCAGGUAGGACUGUGGAAAAGCCAUGCUAAUCAUAAGAAAGAUGGGACCUGUUUUAUAGGUAAUAGGAGACAGUUAACUCCCAAACACUCCCAGCCCACCAAGUGCCUUCAGAGUGUCCUAAAGGAGGUGGAACUAAUCCGGAAUUCCAGGGAUGGACAAAUUGAAGAAGCAAUUAGGGUCAAUCAAGAACUGCAAAAAGAACUGAGGAGUUCCCAGGAAGCUAUAGUCACCCUGGAAGACUGCAACCGUAAUCUGAAGAGGGAACAGGCAGAAAUGAGGAAGAAAGUGGAAGAAGCUAGACACGCAGUCCUUAACAGUCUUGGCAAAGUGAAGGAGUUAGAAGCAAAAGCCAAUAAAGUGCCACAUUUACAGAUAUACAUCCAGCAGCUAGAAUCAGAACUACAGUACUAUAGGUCAGAGGUUCUGAAGCUUCAGCUUCCUUCAAGAGGCAGCACAAAGCAAAAAGAAGGAGCAGCACUACUGGAUGGAAGACACUGUUUAUCUGCUGUGCAACUGGAUCGAAGCUCACCCACUGGGGGAGCAGGGAUGUCAGAGAAUGUGGAAGAUCAGAUGUUCCGUUCUGUGGAGGGCCAGGCUGCCUCAGAUGAAGAGGAGGAGAAGUGGAUAGGGGACCAGCAAUCCCAGGUGGCUGAAUUGAAGAAACUUCUGGACAGGGUUCCCUGUUGUGGAAGUGGAUGUGAUGACAAAAUGGUGAAGAAACUGAUGUCUUAUUUUGGGAGUGCCAAUAAUGAUGACCAUGAGAAUGCCACUGUGGAGCUAGCAGAGAGAAUCACCAUGUUAACUGAACAGCUUGAAAUGAAAGGGAACGAAGUGAAAAAACUGGAAACAAACAUGAAGGAGAUGAAAGGCCCAUUGCUAGGUGAACUGCAACAAAAGGUGGAGGAGACUGAAUUGUUGAAGAUGGAGCUACAGAUGUUGGAGACUGAGAGAGUUAGGCUGUCACUGGUGGAAGAAAAGCUCAUGGAUGUUUUACAGCUUCUUCAACAACUUCAAGACCUGAGCAUAUCUAAGCGAGCCUUGGGGAAAAUCUUGCUGAGCACUUUGGAAUCCUGUCGUGACCCCCAACAUGGAAAAGCCCACAUUCUUGAGAUCCUAGAUACUCUCUACCAUGAGCUGGCUGCCUGUGAACUCCUACAAAGCGAGCCUCUAGAAAAAGCUCAAAGUCACCAGUCCUUGUCUAACCCACUGGUUAUCUCUUGUUGAGCAACAGUGCCAUCUACAGUUCGUCAUGAUUAGUCAAGUAUCUAAAAUCUUACCAUGUUAAACAGAGGGUGGAAGAAUGAGUUUGCCAGAUUUGGAGGAGUUCAAUAAUAAAGGGACAAGUUAGGACAACUAAGCCAUGAAAUCACAGGUAUACUGCUCUGGGAAGACCUCUAAUUCCUCAGCUAACUUCGCAGCUGUCCUCUAUAAGUGUUCACAUUUCAUGAGACUUACUUAAUGAUGUCCAUCUCUGAAGCCUGACAACCACCACAUUAUGGCAUUGUAACUGUACCAGUUCACCAAAUGAAAAGAAUUACAAAUGCACUGAUCAGUUCAAUAGAGGAAAACCCCAAGCUGAAUAGCUGAUUGUCGAUUAGCUAGAGAUUUUUCCUCUUCUGAUAGCUGAACCAGUACAUUAAAUAGUGGAAGACAGACUAACUGGCUGACACAUGUUGUUUUCUUAAAGUACAAGAGACAAAACUGCUGUAUUAUAAAGAUAUAUGCACACCAGUAUAUGCCAGUAGGGCAAGUUAAAGACCCAUGUAUAAAUGUAUGUGUUUGGGAUUGUGAUUAUAUAUCUUAUUUAACUCUAGAGAUACAUUUAUGUUUCUGUUCAUGCGGAUUUUGUACACCUCUACCCCGCUAUAACACAGUCCUCGUGUGACAAAAAAAUCUCACCGCAUUAUAGGUGAGACCGCGUUAUAUCGAACUUGCUUUGCCCCCCGUUCCUUGUUCCCU